AUGAUGCCUCUCGAUCAAAAAAACAAAGGUGAGACUGAGAUUUUCACACGAAAAUCCGAACACAAAGACACAAAAUGCAAAAAAAAAACCGUUUUAAGAUAAUGCAAAGCCGAUAGACAACUUCGCAGAUGGAGACAAAAACAUUUCCGCCUCGUUCGUCGAGAAUCUCUGUCUGUGCCAAGUGUGCUACAUGGUAUCCAAUCCCUCCGCGGCUCCCGAUAAAUUUAUUUUGUAGAAUUACAACGAAACUACAAAGGCUGCUCGCAUGCUGCACUGCGGUCACACAUUCUGCACCGAGUGCAUAAAAAGCGUCCGAAACUACGGAAAUUCGGCGUAUCUGGAGUGUCCGACGUGCCGUUCCGAGACGAAAUGCGCCAUUUCGGACCUCGCCCCCAACUAUCUUGUCAUGGGUAGUUAACAAACUGAAAUGCAAAGGAUAAAAAAGAAAAACAUUCAGAAAUGGUGCGAAAGUUCGGAUUCAUGGGCGCCGCUGUGGCCGAGCCGCCCGUCGUGCGAAGAUCUCGAGCCACUCGGCGGGUGCAGAAGAUCGAAGAAAUGAUCGACGAGAGCUAUCGCCAACUGAUAAUCACCGUCAAAGCGGACUUGUUGCAAAAGUUCGACGACUUGAAAGAAAAUAUGAGUUACUGUGAGUCCGAAAUUAUAUUGUCCAAUCCAGUUCCCUGUUGCAGCCACGGUCCGAAGAGAGCUCGAUCAGCUGUGCGGAUCGGUCGAAGAUGCAGUCCGUGACGCGUAUUCCGGCUAUUCGGAGAGCGAGAGCGACCACGACAGCUCCGAUUCUUCGGCCACCACGGACUCGGUCGAGGUGGUCCGCAACGAGAACAACGUGAGUGGAAGGUCCUUGUUGGCCAGGGGAAUCCGCGCAGUGACUCUUCCCUUCCGACUCCUCAUUCGGAAACUUCGCUCUCGCAACGUAAGCUUUCCAUGUCCUCCAUUCUAACGAAUUCUUCUUGCAGGUCGGCAUGGUCGAGAAUCCGCUGAACCAGUCUUCGGAUGAGUCCAUAUCGUACGAAUCUUCAGACACGGAAGACACUUCGAGCGGAUCGUCGACCGCUUCGGAGGCUAGCUCCUACACUUCGGGACAAUCGAUGCCCCUCUACUAA